AGCUUGGGCUUCGGCGCCGCGCGCAGGGGCCGUACUGCUCUGGAGAGGAGACGCGCAGAGUUCGCAUACGGGGCGUAUCUGUCGCCGCGACCACGUUUCCGCACGCGUUCGGCAGGGCAGCCCGCCCCAGAGCAGCCGAACCAUGCUCCGCCUCGCGGUGCUCGCAGCGCUCGUGUACGCGGACGAGGAAUUGCGUUUACGCGUGAACAUUCCAGUCAUCGACGAAGCGACGAUGCACGAGCGCGCCUUUGCGGACGUCGAUGCAACGGGCGACGUCCGCGAGGUCGAGCUCGUCGUCCCAAAGGGCGCGGAGCCCGAGGGCGCGGCCUUGAAACUGUGCCUGAAGGAGGUGGGGCCCGGCGCCGGCUUGGUGGACUGCGUCGUGCAGCUCGCAAGUCACGCGACGGUCGAGCGGAUUCUGCGGCGGACGCCUGAGGACGAGCCCCUUCCGUCACUGUCGCUGAAUGUCGAGGGCGACGUCGGGACCUUCGAGCAUGCGGAAGGGGCGGAUUUCGGGGAGGAGGCGCUCUCAUUUUGUUCUCGCGUCGUCCGGGAAGACCGAUCGAAGUCAAUCGUGAAAAACUGCGCUCGAAACCUCAAGGCGCAAGCGCGACGCAAGGUGACGCAAUUAUUGGUCGACGAGCAGACGGACGAGAGACGGAAGGCCAUCGAACAGGCCGUGGACGCGUCCCUAUCCUCUAAUCCCGACAAGUGGAAGAAGGCUCGACGACGACGUAAGGACCGUUAAGCAC